AUGGUGACAGCAAUGACUUCUCGCAGAAAAGUUCAGCUGGAUGACGAUGCACAUUGGAAGGUCAAGGAGCACAUUGUAUCGUCGUGGUCACUGGAUGAGGCGCUAGUGAAAUCAAAAUAUUACUUGCGCCUCAUCCAGUGCCACGACGAUAUUUAG